AAGGUAAGAUAAAUGAGAAACUCUUACUGAUAAAAGAAAGGAGAAAUUAUUUAUUUGAUUUUAGCGAAGGAAAAUUCAAGGAGAAAGUGAAAUGGAAAUGGAAGUGGAAACGAAAGAGAAGCAACGAGAGAUGAAAGAGAAGGACUUGUUCAAAGCAGCUGAAGAAGGUGACUACUCAACCUUCGAAUCACUCUCACCUGAAACCCUCUCCAAAGCCCUCUCUCUUAGGAACGAAGACGCUCGUUCUCUUCUUCAUGUCGCAGCUUCUUCUGGUCACUCCCAGGUGGUGAAGAUACUGUCAUGUUCUGAAGCAUCAGCUGGUGUGAUAAAUUGUGCCGAUGAAGAAGGGUGGGCACCGCUUCAUUCUGCUGCCAGCAUUGGGAAUUUGGAGAUAGUGGAGACUUUGUUGACCAAAGGAGCUGAUGUUAAUCUGAAAAACGAUGGGGGUCGCACUGCUUUACACUAUGCAGCCAGCAAAGGUUGGUUGAAGAUUGCUGAAAUACUCAUCUCCCAUGAUGCCAAAAUUAAUAUAAAGGACAAGGUUGGUUGUACCCCAUUACAUCGAGCAGCUAGCACCGGGAACUCUGAGCUGUGUGAACUUUUGAUUGAAGAAGGAGCCGAGGUUGAUGCUGUCGAUAGAGCUGGUCAAACUCCUCUAAUGGAUGCUGUGAUUUGCCAUAACAAAGAGGCAGCCCUCCUUCUGAUACGACAUGGAGCGAAUGUGGAUGUGGAGGACAAGGAAGGGUACACAGUGCUGGGUCGAGCUACAGAUGAAUUUAGACCAAUAUUAAUUGAUGCUGCCAAGACCAUGCUUGAGUGAUACAACUACAAGAAAAUGAGAAAAUUGUCAGUGAGGCCUAAGAGAGCAUGUUGCAGUAAAGAGAGUUUGUUUUGCUGAAGACUUGUUUUCUGUGGAUGAAAAUUUUCAUUUAUAUAAUCUUCAGAAACUGAAGGGAAGAAGUUUUCAUACUGUUUAUAAACACGAGUUUCUAAAAAAAAGCGCUCUGCUUUCCAACUCAUUGAUAGACCUGCCUUGAUAACCAAAUUGUUUACACAUCUCUCCGUUCUACUUUUUGGUCUUUAUUCUCAUUUCUCGCAUCACAACACACUUUUGCACUGUGUGUGUCUGUUCUUGUCCAUAGUUUACAGGUCCCUGCUCUUUUGUUACUGUUCUAUCCAUGAUUGGUAUUUUUCUAAUGUUUGUUUCUUUAUUUCUUUUCCUUCCCAACUUCUUUGCUCUUAGUUGAUAUAUCAAAUGUGUUCUAUUUU